GGUUGAUAAAAAAAAAGGAAAAGAAGAAAAAGGACUUUGGAACGACCGAGCGAGCGAGCGAGACGAUCGGUCGGCGACGAUGAUGGAUCCAUCGAGCGGCGGUGGAGGGGGCGAAGGAGGAGGGUCGUCGUUUCUGUCGGCGUGGGUCGCCGCCGCAUCCCGGCGGCACCAGCACCUGCUCGACAAGGCCACGCCGCACGUGCGCCGGCGCUGGGCCUGGUUGGGCGUCCUGGCCCUCGUCUACACCGUCCGUGUCUGGAUCGCUCAGGGCUUCUACAUCGUCUCAUACGCUCUCGGCAUCUACCUCCUCAACCUCUUCAUCGCCUUCCUCUCCCCCCAGGUCGACCCCGAGAUCCACGAGGUCGUCGAUGGUGGCCCCGGCCCUUCCCUGCCCACCCGCUCAUCCGAUGAGUUCCGCCCCUUCGUCCGGCGCCUCCCCGAAUUCAAGUUCUGGUAUUCCAUUACAAAAGCUUUUUGCAUUGCUUUCGUAUUGACGUUCUUCAGUGUGUUUGAUGUGCCUGUAUUUUGGCCUAUUCUGCUCUUCUACUGGUUCGUGCUGUUCACAGUUACAAUGAAAAGACAGAUUCUUCACAUGAUCAAAUACAAAUAUGUUCCAUUCACCUUCGGAAAGCAGCGUUACACUAAGAAGAAAGAGGUCGUCUCCGACGAUGCUAGUCUUCCUAGUAACUGAACCGCAUGCAUGUGUCGAACUCCAAAGAUGAAGAGGUCAAAGUGUUCAUGCCAAAUCAUCUAGAUGCUGGUAGCUUUCUAUUGUUCAACCGAGUUGGGAUAACCUGAGGUCGACGGAGCAUUAGGCUCACACGACAGGGAGCGAGGUUUACAGAAACAGCAGCCGAUGGCCUUUGUGACCUCCACAUUGUUUUUCCUGUUGAAACACUAGCUGUAUUUUACCUUUCGGCUAAGCAUUAGGCUGAUAUCGGAUGACAAGUCAGGGUGUGAAGAUUAGCAAAACCAGCACUUUUUAUUCCUUCCAUCAUGUUGUGAUAUUUCUAAACGUUGCCAUGAUGUUAUUUGCCAUGCUG